AUGUCCGGACGCAGCAAAUGCCCAAGAUGUGAAUCGAGUAACACCAAGUUUUGUUACUGCAACAACUGCAGUCUCUCACAGCCUCUAUACUUUAUCACACAGCCUCGAUACUUUUGCAAGACAUGUAGAAGGUACAGAACCAGAGGGGGUGUCUUGAGAAAUGUUCCCGUCGAAGAUGGAUAUCGUAGGAACAAAAGAAGCAAAGGAAGCGGUUCCAGGAAUACAGCAUCGAGUUCUUCGAGUACUAUUUCUUCUAAAAGUACGGGAAACACCGAUAUUUUAGGCCUCCGACCUCACAUUCGUCCACCGAGAUUCAAGGCUCUUUUGCAUCAUCGUACAGAAUUUGGCGGCAGUGAUCAUAUUGAUUUUGAUGCAGGUAGUUGGCAAGAAAGGGCACCGAGUCCUCGCAUACCGAUUUCAUCAAGUCAAGAGAAUGCCAUGCGCUUACAUUCCUCCGACUACUUCGAUGGCCUUACCGGCUUUGACGAGGUGGUGUAUUCAUCAGACCAAGUUCACAGUGUUGGAGUUGCACAUAUUUUGUUUCCGUUCUGUAGCAGAAUGGAUCCAUUGUGGUCCGGACUGGACCAUCCCAUUCGGUCAAGAUGCAGAAUCUGCGAGUCUUCCCCAACAUGA